AUGAGGAAUUUUGUUUCCUACAUUGCACUCUAUUUCCUUUUCUCUUUUACACUCUUACCGAAAUUUCAUUGUGCCGAAAAGACUUUUGCCCCGUCCUUUUACACCGAUGAAAUCUACAAGGAACUUCAGAAUAUCGCUAUUCUUUUGAAUAAGGAUAUCAAAUCAAGUUUAGGUUUCUGCAUUAAGGAUCCGAAAAAAGAUUGGGAAGAAGCUUUUGAUUUUACAGGAAAGUUGGAUUUUGUCGAGUCUUGUGUUAAGAAAAAAGGAGAUUUUAGGGAUCGUAUAUGCACUGCAGCUGAAAUAAGGUACUACUUCCAUGGUUUCUUGGUACAGGGAGCAGCUACUGACAAUUAUGUAAAACCUAACAAGAAUUGCAAUUUGACCUCAUGGGUUUCUGGUUGUGAACCUGGAUGGGGUUGUAGCACGGGCUAUGAGAUUGACCUAAAAAAGGACACAAAUGAAAUUCCAAAGAGAACCAAAGAAUGUAAACCUUGUUGUGAGGGUUUUUUCUGUCCUCAAGGAUUGACUUGUAUGAUACCUUGCCCACUAGGUUCUUAUUGCCCGAUUGCAAAACUGAACAAGACUUCUGGACUAUGUGACCCAUAUAGUUACCAGAUACCUCCGGGAGAACCAGAUCAUGAUUGCGGCGGUGCUGAUAUUUGGACUGGUGUGGUGAACAAUAGUGAUAUAUUUUGUUCUCCCGGAUCAUAUUGCCCAACAACAACACGUAAAGUUUCUUGUGAUCGUGGAUAUUACUGCAGGAUGGGUUCUACUCAUCAGAAUCCAUGCUCCAAGUUCAGCCAAUGUAAUCCAAAUACAACGAACCAAAAUAUGCAUGCUUAUGGCGCUUUGCUUAUUGUUGCAUUGAGUACUGUCUUGAUCUUCAUUUAUAAUUGUUCUGAUCAAGUUCUAGCUACUCGAGAAAGAAGAAAAGCUAAAUCCAGAGAAGCUGCAGCAAGACAGGUAAGAGAAACUGUACAAGCUAGAGAAAGGUGGAAGAUAGCAAAAGAUGCUGCUAAAAGGAAUAAGGCAGGAUUGCAAGAUCAGCUAGUACGCACUUUUUCUCGCAAAAAAUCAACAAAGCAAGUGGAGCAAGCUAAUCCUGCUACAGACAAUUCAGUUUUGCCACCUAUGCCUCCAGAACAACCAUCUCCAGCCACAAAAGGCCAAUCAAAGGAACCUAGCAACCUUACUAAAAUGUUGAAUUCCCUUGAGAGCGACCCUAAUAGUAAUGAAGGAUUCAAUCUAAAGAUUGGGGAUAAAAAUAUUAAAAAACAGUUGCCUAAGGGAAAAAAUUUACAUACACAAAGCCAAAUUUUAAGGUAUGCUUAUGGUCAGAUUGAGAAGGAGAAAGCUCAACAAGACAAAAAUCACUUGACCUUCUCAGGAGUGAUUUCAAUGGCUGCCGAUGGUGAGGAGAUUAGAUCGAGGCCUGAGAUCGAGGUAGCUUUCAAAGAUUUAACCCUUACUUUGAAAGGGAAAAGAAAACAUGUUAUGAGGUGUGUGACAGGUAAAAUCAUGCCUGGUCGUGUUUCAGCUGUGAUGGGUCCUUCGGGAGCUGGAAAAACUACAUUUCUUUCUGCUCUAGCAGGGAAAAUAAGAGGAUGUACUAUGACAGGCUCAAUUCUAAUCAAUGGAAAACCUGAAUCCAUUCAUUGUUACCAGAAAAUUAUUGGAUAUGUGCCGCAAGAUGAUAUUGUGCAUGGGAACUUGACAGUGGAGGAAAAUCUCCGUUUCAGUGCAAGAUGCAGACUAUCUGAUGACCUGCCAAAACCAGAUAAGGUUCUGAUUGUUGAAAGAGUAAUUGAAACCUUGGGACUCCAGGCAAUAAGAGAUUCCCUUGUUGGAACAGUAGAGAUGCGAGGCAUAUCUGGUGGGCAACGAAAACGUGUAAAUGUAGGGUUGGAGAUGGUUAUGGAGCCUUCAUUGUUAAUCUUAGAUGAGCCUACAACUGGUCUUGACAGUGCAUCUUCCACUUUACUACUGAAAGCACUCCGUCGUGAAGCUGCUGAAGGAGUAAACGUCUGCAUGGUACUUCACCAACCGAGCUAUACUUUGUUCAGAACGUUUGAUGAUAUAAUAUUUCUAGCAAAAGGUGGUCUUACUGCAUAUCACGGUCCUGUAAAAAAAGUAGAAGAAUACUUUGCUGGCAUUGGAAUCGUUGUUCCCGAUCGUGUGAAUCCUCCUGACCAUUAUAUUGACAUUUUGGAAGGUUUAGUGAAACCAAAUGAAGGUGUGACUUAUCAACAACUACCUGUGAGAUGGAUGCUUCAUAAUGGUUACCCAGUACCACCAGAUAUGCUUCAUUUUGCUGAUGAAAUUUCUGCUUCAUCAUCUUCCACAAAUAUAACUCAUGCAACUAAGGGUACUGAUGAGGCUACUGAUCAAUCAUUUGCGGGAGAGUUUUGGCAGGAUAUGAAAAGUAAUGUGCAGUUGCGAAAAGAUAAUAUAGAGGCAACCUUUUUAAGGACCAAGGAUUUAUCAAACCGAAGAACGCCUGGUAUAAGUCGCCAGUAUAGAUACUACCUUGGGCGGGUUGGUAAGCAGCAGCUCCGAGAAGCAAAGUCACAAGCAGUUGAUUAUCUCCUUUUAUUAGUUGCCGGUGCUAUCUUGGGAACUCUUACCAAAGUAAACGAUGAAACAUUUGGGUCUCUUGGAUAUACAUAUACUGUCAUUGCUGUCUCUCUACUUUGCAAGAUUGCAGCUCUGAGAUCAUUUUCUCUGGAUAAAUUACAAUACUGGAGAGAGAGUGCAUCCGGGAUCAGCAGUCUAGCUCAUUUUUUAUCCAAAGAUACAAUUGAUCUUUUCAGUACAAUAGUCAAACCUCUUAUUUAUCUAUCCAUGUUUUACUUCUUUAGCAAUCCAAGGUCAACCUUCGGAAGUAAUUAUAUGGUUUUGGUGUGCCUUGUGUACUGUGUGACUGGCAUGGCUUACGCAUUAGCAAUUUAUUUCGAGCCUGCUCCUGCUCAGCUGUGGUCAGUGCUUCUCCCGGUUGUUAUGACUCUCAUUUCAAAUCAGACAAGAGAUACUCUCUUUAUGAAGAUCCUUAUAAAAAUGUGUUACCCAAAUUGGGCUUUGGAGGCCUUUAUAAUUGCAAAUGCUGAAAGGUACACUGGGGUGUGGUUGAUAACUCGUUGUAAUUCAUUGAUGAAUAGCAGCUAUAAUGUCAAUGAAUGGCCUAAAUGUCUAGCUGUCCUCAUUUUAUAUGGCAUAGUUGCCCGAAUCGUGGCAUUCAUUUGUCUCAUGGUCACCCAAAAGAAGUGA